AUGGCCAUAAUGAAAACUCAUCAGAGGGAAAUGCUAAAGGCGCACGUUAAAAAGGUGCUGGCCCACAAUAGAUCAUGCAUGCCAUUAACAAUUGCCCUGACCAAGAAGCAUGUACAGCCUGUAGAUGAGAAAUUGCUGCUUCAAGGCAAAGAAUUGACUGAUGCAAGCGUUGGUACAGCUGUUAGCUUCUUACAAGAAAACCAAACAUACAAGAUCCUCCACAAGUCUCAGUGGGACGCUGGCAACCCAAGCUAG